AUGAAUCCGUUCUCUAUUAUUAAUCUAAGUACAGAUGAAGAAAUUUGUCAAGUAGAAGAAGGCACAAAAAGUGAUCUUGAUAAAGCAAUUGAAGCUGCUGAAAAAGAUUUCCAAUAUGAUUCACCAUGGCAUGCUGGAUGGACUGAUAAAAUCACUGGUGAAACAUUUCCAUCAGAAUCAGGUAUUUUUAUUACCUAUAUUAGACAUGAACCAGUUGGAAUCUAUGAACAAAUCAUUUCAUGACAUACUCAAUUAGAAACAAUUCUUGAAUAUAUUCGAUCGGGUAAAAAAGUUAGUGAUAAAGAUUAUUUUAUUCGAUCUACUAUUUUUACUAAUAUAAAAGAUGAUAUGAAAGUAGCUCGUGAAGAAAAUAUCUCUUGGUUUCAACUUAUUUCCCCAUUAGUCGAUCCAUUGGAUAUAUCCAGCAACAGCAUCGAAAUUCUUAUCUACAUCGGAAUUGGAAUCAUUGGUUGA